AUGACAGAAGGAUUAUGGAUACCACCAAGAGGCUCAUUCAUGCCCUGGUCCGACCAACCUCAAGGAUGUCCUGGUAAGAAAUUCGGCCAAGUAGAAUUUGUCGCAGCGAUGGCGGGACUAUUUCAAAACCACAGAGUAGAAAUUGUACGAGAGGCAGACGAGACGCAUGAAGCAGCUGAAAAAAGAGUACAGGAAUUUAGUUGA